CGUAAUAUUGUAUUUUGCACGUUCUUCUCUUGCAUUUCAUUAGAAAAAACUUUAAAAUCUCUUUCUCUCUAUUUUCACAUGGAAACCAAAGCUGAAGUAUCUCGUUUCAUUUUUCCUUAUGUUCGAGUCUACAAAGAUGGAACUAUCGAAAGACUUGCAGGAACAGAAAUAGCUCCUGCAGGCUUAGAUCCUGAGACCCAUGUUCUUUCCAAGGACGUAAUUGUAAUACCAGAAACUGGCGUCUCAGUGAGACUUUAUCGUCCAAAUUCUACAAAACCCCAUCAAAAGCUUCCUCUUGUAAUCUACUACCAUGGCGGAGGCUUUUUCUUAUCAUCAACAGCUGAUCCUAAAUACCAUAACAGUCUCAACAAAAUGGUUGCAGAGGCCAAAAUCAUUCUCGUCUCAGUAAAUUACAGAUUAGCUCCUGAAACUCCUCUUCCUGGUGCAUAUGAGGACUCGUGGGUUGCGCUUGAGUGGGUAGCUUGUCGCGGAAGACAGGAGCCAUGGCUAGACGAAUACGCAGACUUUGAUAGGGUUUUCUUGGCCGGAGACAGUUGCGGUGCUAAUAUGGCAAAUUACAUUGGUUUAAAGCUGACAGACACCGAACGGUGUCGUUUAAACCUGAAGGUUCAAGGAAUUGCCAUGAUAUAUCCCUACUUUUGGGGAAAAGAUCCUAUAGGAGUAGAAAUAACUGACAAGCAAAGAAAAUCAAUGGUGGAUGAUUGGUGGAUGUUUGUUUGUCCGGCGUCAUCGGAUAAGGGAUGUGAUGAUCCUCUGAUUAAUCCCUUUAUGGAUGGAUCUUUAAGGCUUGAAGGGUUGGCUUGUGAGAAAGUGAUGGCGGUUGUUGCAGAGAAAGAUAUAUUAAGAGAUAGAGGAAAGCUUUAUUAUGAAAAGCUGGGGAAAAGUGGAUGGCAAGGGAAUGCAGAAUUAAUUGAAACGAAAGGAGAGGAUCAUAAUUUCCAUAUAUUUGAUCCUGAUUGUGAAAAUGCUAAGAGCUUGUUCAAGCUUCUUGCUUCUUUCUUCAACCACGCAUGAUAUGGUUUGUUAAUUUGUAUGCACUGUAGUCAACUAUGUCGAAGGUUAUAGCCUUGUUGCUUGGUAUCACAUUACAGAAGAAUAUGUUGUUUAUUAUUAUUGAAUUAAGUUGCAGCUUUUGAGUUGUAGAAGUAUGAGCAAGUAUGGGAUUACCAGCAAACUAUACUUUGUCUGCUUUAAUGUUUCUUAUAUUUCAAUAUGAAAUUUGAUAACAAAGAGCCCAUUCUGAUGGUUUUAGUUUCA